AUGAUAUUAUUAUCAGUUACCACUUAUUACUAUGGAUACAGUAUAUUAUCGAUUAAAAUAUUAUGUUCACUCUGGAUUCUAGAACUUGACUAAACAUAAAAAGUGCUGUAAUAAAAAAUAUUUGUAAAAUAAUACAAACACCAAUCAUAAGUAAUUAUCGGCAAGAUGGGAAAAACUGAUGAAUUGAACGGUUGUUUUCAUAAUCGUCUCGAGCCUGGAAUGACAAAAGAAACGAUCAAGGAAAGUUGCAAACAAAAUAAAUUGUACUUAAUACCUAGUCACAAUGAUGUACUGUAUCUUCAUUUUAGAGGAUUUUCAAAGAUUGAAAACUUGGAAGAAUAUACUGGGCUAAAAUGUCUGUGGUUAGAAAACAAUUGCUUAACAAACAUUUCUGGACUCGACAAUCAAACAAAGCUCGUCGGUUUGUACAUGCACAACAACGCAAUCUCCAAAAUCGAAAAUCUUGAUUUCUUGAUCAAACUAAACACGAUAAAUUUGAGCCAUAAUUUCGUUAAAAUUAUUGAAAACUUAGGCAAGUCAUGCAUCAGGCGAGUUUAAUUAAAAAAUGAUAGUUAUUAUUUUUUUUUCUUAAUGAAUUUUAGAUCACUUGCAGGACCUAAAUUCGUUGAUUAUAUCUCACAACAAGCUUUCUACAGCGAGCGACAUUGCUCAUUUGGCCAACUGUAAAACCUUGUCUAUACUCGAUCUUUCAUUUAACUACUUAGAUGAUCCAGAAAUCAUUGAUGUUUUUACCAACAUGGAAUCUUUGCGAGUUUUGUCUUUAACUGGAAAUAGCGUGAUUUCGAAGAUAAAAAACUAUCGGAAAACAUUAACUAUAAAAUGUAAAGAACUUCGUAACCUGGACGAGAGGCCUAUAUUCAAAAAGGACCGUUUGUGUGCUGAAGCUUGGAGUACGGGUGGUAUCGAAGCGGAACAAGCCAUGAGAACCAAAUUAAACGAAGUCGAACAAAAAACUAUUUCGGAUUCCGUAAACGCACUAAUGAGUAUGCGUCGAAAUAGGAAUGUACAAAUUACUCCGUCAGCCUCCGGGGACAGCGGCCACCGGGAAGGCGUCGACGUGAGAGAUUCUACAGACAGUCUGAUUGUGUCCAAAGACUAUUACGAUGAAUGCGAUUCUUCAGACGACGAUUCCACCGACGAUGGAUCGUCCGUCAUAGACGCAAAUCUAUUGGUACGCGAAAUCGACGAUAAUAACAAUGGUGAAAACGACACUACAGCUGCUGACGAUUCUGUUGAUCAAUCGACACGUGAUAACGAUAAAGGUUUAAGCGACCCCGAGAGUGACAUCAUAGAUUACCCGCGUGAUCGAAUGCCUGCUGGUGACCGGAGUACCUGCAUCACCGCGGUGGACCGCAGCAGCGGAAGCCGAGAAGACAUCGAUUCAAGCCGCCCCCCGAUCAUCGCUAUCGCAGAAGAUGGUGACGAACUUGCAGAAAGAUUGGAUGAUAAAUGUGAACACUUUGCCGACAGUAAAACCGACGCGUCUCCGAAUAACAUCGCGACAAACAAUAAUGCAAAACCAUCUCUCGAACAGCGUACCGGUGACCGUUUAUGUUCAUACGACUCGGCCGAGCUGACGAUUGAACCUAUCGAAAAUGAAUUCGUUUCCGCUGAGAUGAAUUACGCGAAUGACGAAUUAAAUCCAGAUGAAAGCGGAAAACUUGACGACGGGAAUAGUAAUGAAAACUAUAACAAUAAGAAUGUGGUUAAUAAUCAUCAUCGAAAUGUCGGCGGUUCAAUCGAAAUUAACAACACAUUAAAGGACAACGAUUCUGAAACGUGCAACAAUCCCGAUUUAAAUGAAAGACAAGAUGUCGAAGGUUUACCUUUAUUACGUUCAGAGCAAAUUAUUAACACUUCACAAAUAUUAUGCGCAGAAAGGUUAUAUACUCUUGACAUAAUUGAUCAUGAUAAUACCGGAGAAGAAUUAAGUUUAACUGAAACCUGCGAAUCUGAUCGAAAUGAAAUUAAAGCAAUUCCUAUUCAACUUCCAUGGCUGUCGCCACCUCAAACAAAAGAUGAGUUUUUUAUUAAAAAAAGUUCUGAAUAAAAUCAUCAUAAAACAUAAGCACAUUUUUGUAAAGUAUACUAAAAUAAAUAAUAUUUAAUUUAUAGCUUUGAUUAAUUCUAUAGUUAUUAAAUAUAAUGUUAUAAAAUUAAUAUUUGUUUUUUGAAAAAUUAUAAUCAGCUAUUGAAUAUAACGCACCAAAGCAAUAGUAUACAUUUGUUUAUUUUCAUUCUAUAUUUAUUAAUUUUUAAAUAAAUACCCAAG